AAAGGAGGGAGGGGAGGAGAGAAAGUCGGGGGUAAGGAGGGAGGGGGAGAGAAAGGAGGGAGAGAAGAGAAGGGCCGGCAGCGGUGGAUGGGGAGAGGCUGAGUGGGGAGCAGGAGACUAGCUCUGGCGGCGGGAUGGAGCUUUGGCGGCAGUGUACGCUCUGGCUGGCGGCCUGUGGGGUUUUGCCCCUCGGACACCGGCUGACUGGCCCUGAGGCGCGGUUGUUCGAGUUAGCGCAGAGUCUGCGGGACGGAGUGUUGUUGUGCCGGCUGCUCGGGGUGCUAAGGCCCGGCUGCAUCAGCACCAAGCACAUCAGCCAGCGGCCACACAUGUCUCAGUUCCUGUGUCUGAAGAAUAUUCGGACCUUCCUAUCUACCUGCUGCGAUACAUUUGGCAUGCGAAGGAACGAUCUGUUUGAUGCUUUCGAUCUUUUUGAUGUCCGUGACUUUGCAAAGGUGAUUGAUACCCUCUCCUGUCUCUCACACUCACCCAUUGCCCUCAGCUCUGGGGUCAGACCAUUUCCCACAGAAACUUCUGAAGCCGAUGAAGACAUUUACAAGAGCCUUGCUGAUCUUAUUGAUGAGGAGAGUGUGGAAGAUGAGGAAGAUCUCUAUGACUGUGUCUACGGUGAUGACGAAGGUGGAGAAGUUUACGAGGUCUUGAUGAAGGUUGAAGCAGCCCAACCAAUAAGACCGGUGGAGAGUGACGUCCGUACCUGCUGCCUGUUGGAGAUUAAACAGACUGAGGAGAAGUACACCGACACCCUCGAAUCCAUCGAAAAGUAUUUCAUGGUCCCAUUGAGACAAUAUUUAACAGUGACCGACAUGGAAACAAUCUUCAUCAACAUGGAGGCUCUGGUUAAUGUCCACAGGGAUCUGAAUAUGGAACUGAAGUCUGUUAUCCUGUCCAAAAAUCAGCAGAAUCUCUACCAGGUCUUCCUCAAGUACAAGGAGAGGUUGCUAAUUUACAGCGAGUAUUGCAGUAAGGUGGAGGAUGCCAUAAAGUGCUUGGAUGAGAUCAGUAAAUCAAGACAAGAUCUGCGGCUGAAACUUGAGGAAUGUGCAAGGCGAGCCAACAACGGGAAGUUCACCUUGAGAGAUCUGUUGGUGGUGCCCAUGCAAAGAGUUCUCAAGUACCACCUCCUGCUUCAGGAACUGGCGAAACAAACCACUGAGAGACAAGAAAAGGUCAAUCUGCGCCUGGCACUGGAUGCCAUGAAGGACUUGGCUCAAUACGUGAAUGAGGUAAAGCGUGACAGUGAGACCCUUCGAGAGAUCGCCCAAUUCCAGCACUGCAUAGAUAACUUGAAUCAGCCGCUGGCGUCCUACGGACGGCCCAAGGUAGAUGGAGAGCUGCGCAUACUCACUCUGGAUAAACGAGGACGACAGGACCGUUACGCCUUUCUGUUCGACAAAGCAGUGAUUGUGUGUAAGAGGCGAGGAGACAACUAUGAAAUGAAGGAAAUUAUUGACCUGUGCAGCUACAAGAUCACCAACAAUCCAACAACAGAUAAGGAGAACAAGAAGUGGUCCCAUGGAUUCUACCUCACACAUCUCCAUGGGCACAAUGGCUUUGAGUUCUUCUGUAGAACCAAGGAAUUGAAGAAAAAGUGGCUAGAGCAGUUUGCAAUGGCUCUGUCCAACAUUCGCCCAGAGCAUGGUAGCAGUAAUGAGCACAGUUUCACCAUGUACACUUUCGCCCAGGUCACUGUCUGCUCUGCCUGCCGCAUGUUGCUCCGAGGGAUAUUUUAUCAGGGAUAUUUGUGCACAACGUGUGGAACAGGAGCACACAAGGAGUGUUUAGGCAGAAUUGGAGUUUGCGCCAAAGCGGAAGCAGAUCCCAGGAGAGGCAAACAUACGAAUUGCUUCAAUGGAGACAAGAAGCAAGAUAGGCCGCUGGACAUGGGACUGCCAAGAAUGCAGGUGACCAGGUGCUAUGAAGGAGUGCCGCAGCCACCCCACACUGGUCCAGCACUGACCAUUCAGCAGGGAGACGUUAUUGAGGUCCAUGGUGCUGAAGCACACUCUGCCUGGUGGAAGGGUCGAAACCUGACAACGAGGGAGAUGGGCUUCUUCCCCCGUGACUGCGUCAAGCCAUUGCCCUGUGUUCCAAAACGUAUGGAUUACUCAGGAUUUCCAUGGUUUGCUGGAGCAAUCGAUCGGCAUCAGGCAGAAGCUGAAUUGAUUAACUGUGAGAACAGCACUUUCCUUGUUCGGCAGAGGCCUAAGCAACUGGAAGAAUUUGCCAUCAGCAUCAACUACAACAAUGAAGUGAAACACAUUAAGAUUAUUUCUGAAGAUUCAUCCUUCUACAUCGCACAGAACAAGAGAUUCCGUACAUUAAAGGAACUCGUGGACUAUUAUGGCUACCACUCCUUGAAGGAAGGUUUCCGAUGUCUGGAUAUUACCUUGCAGAUUCCAUAUAAGACACCAGAGUGUCUCACCGGUAACAGAGCUGCCCAGGCAGCAAAGUCAUCUCCAAAGCCAAAAGUGGUCAGUGUGGCUGUGGCUCAGUACGAUUUCUCCGCCCGGGAUAUGAGAGAGUUGUCCCUGCAGGAAGGAGACGUGGUGAUAAUUCACAGCAAGACAGGACCCAAUGGGUGGUGGCGUGGUUCAGUGAAUGGGAGGAUUGGUUGGUUCCCCUCUACUUAUGUGGAAGAGGAUGAAGAUUGCUUUCAUUAGUCCAGAGGAGUAAAAGAAGAUCUCUCCAUGACAAUCUUGUUACCAGAGUUUUGGGAAGCAUCACUCUGUGGACCAGGAUGUUGGACUGCUGGAUAGGCUUGGUCUUCAGUCUGCUGAGAGGGGUGUGGGUGGGAUGGGAAGGAAAAUCUGAGUGGGCUUGAAGAUGGCAACUGUAGAAUGACUUCAAGAAGCCACUCAGAAAACAACCUCCCAGUGAACCUGUGUUGCCAGCUUUAUCCUGGCCAUUGCUACAUGGAUCCCGAGGACUGUCACCAGCUGCUGUCAAUGUUGUCAGCUGAUUUCAUUGGCUGUGUCUAGUGGCUGGACAUACAGGUCACUGCAUUAGAGGCAAGCAUGCGUGCAGUUCUGCCAGUGGGAACAAUCUGUAUGGUGGUGGUGAAAGCAAAUAUAAUAGGAACAUUUAAGAAGCUCUCAAAUGGGCAGUUGAUUGUGAAGAAAAUGGAAGGAUAUGGAUAAUGUAUAGCAGAGGGAUUGAUUUAAUUACUUAUUUAAUUAGAUUGAGUCUGUUCCUGUGUUAUUCUCUUUUUAUGUUUUAUAUCUUAAUGCAACCACUCCAAUGUUUUGUGCAACUGUUACAUGAUAUCUUAACUCUUAUAAUACCUCAGCUGAUGAAGGUAAGCAUGACAAAUGCCCUCUUCACCAUCUUGUCUACCAGAGUUUUCAAUUUCAGAGAAUUUGAAAUUACAAUUUCAAUUACAUAGUACUCAUACCCCAAGGUCUCUAUGUCCUACAACACUCCCCAGUCCUACCCUGGAAGGACAGACAUACACUGUGCAUCAUUUUGCACUUUUCUGAUUUAAACUUCAUCUGCUAUUCCUUUGCCCAAUUUCUCAAUGAAUAAAUGUCAUUUUGUAAUGUUAGAUGAGAUAGCUUUUUAGAGCAGCUCAUGGUUGAGGUCACUGGAAGAUUGAACAUCAGAUUUUUGGAGAGGAGGGGACUUCAAUCAGGUCCACUGACUGAGGAUAAAAGGUCACAGCAGGGUUAUGGAGCUUUGACCGGUGGUAAUUGGGAUUGAUUAGUUAGAGCAAAUUAAAGGAAGGCAGUGGAAAGCGCAGUGACCAUCGUCUGAGUGGACAUAGUCAGAGUGGUGAUUUUGAUGCUCCAGCGACAAGAGGCAUCACUCAGAGAAAGCAAAGGAAAGAAAAGCUCAAGUCUUUUCAUUCUCUAUAUAUCUACUCAGCUAGAAAACAGUAGGAAUGACAGAUAGGGUGAUAAAAUGAUCCUCUUGCUGGAUGUGGGAAGGGAGGGAGACCUCAAGUGUCCUUGACCACUACAACUGCAAGAAGUGCAUCCAGCUGUAGCUUUUAACAAUCUGUGUUAAAUUGGAGCUGGAACUGGAUGAACUCUGGAACAUUUGGGAGGCUGAAGAAGUGAUAGAUAGGACAUAAAGGAGUUAGUUACACCCAAGGUGCAGGAUACAGGAAACUGGGUCACAAUCAGGAAUGGAAAAGGAGUUAAGCAGCGAGUUCAGAGUAUCCCUGUGGCUAUCCCCUUCAACAACAGGUAUAUUGCUUUGGAUACUGUCAGUGGGGAUGACCUAACAGAGGAGAGUCACAGUGAUCGGGUCUCUGGUGCUGAGUCUGUUUCUGAGACUCAGAAGGGAAGGGGGGGACAAGGGAAACUGUGGUGACAGGGGAAUUAGGGAAGUUCUGUGGGCAAGAAUGAGAUUCCAGGAUGGUAUGUUGCCUCGCGGGGGCAAGUAGUUUUGAGGAAGUAGGCUUCAGAAGGACAGACAGAUUAGGAGAAUGUGCAAAGAAAUGGCAAAUGGAAUAUAGUGUCAGGAAGUGUAUGGUCAUGCAUUUUGGUAAAAGAAAUGAAAGGGAUGACUAUUUUGUAUAUGGAGAGAAAAUACAAAAAAAAACAGAGGUGCAAAGGGACUUGGGAGUCCUUGUGCAGGAUUCCCUUAAGGUUAAUUUGCAGAUUGAGUCUGCGAUGAGGAGGGCAAAUGCAACGUCAGCAUUCUUUUGAAUAGCACUAGAAUAUAAAAGCAAGGAUGUAAUGUUGAGACUUUAUAAAGUACUGGUGAGGUCUCACUUGGGAGUAUUGUGAGCAGUUUUGGGCCCCUUAUCUUAAAAAGGAUGUGCUGAAGCUGGAGAGGGUUUAAAGGAGGUUUGCGAAAGUGAUUCCAGCAUUGAAUGGCUUGUCAUAUGAAGAGAAUUUGAUGGCUCUGGGACUGUAUUCACUAGACUUCAGAAGAACGAGGAAUGACCUCAUUGAAACCUAUCCAAUAGAGAAAUGCCUUGAUAGACUGGAUGUGGAGAAGAUGUUUCAUGAGAGAGUCUAUGAGACUCUCGCAUCAUGAGAGAGUCUAAGAUCAGAGGACACAGCCUCAGAUUAGAGGGGCAUCUUUCAGAACAGAGAUGAGAGGAAAUUUCUUCAGCCAGAGUGUGGUGAACCUGUGGAAUUCUUUGCCACAGGCAGCAGUGGAGGCCAAUUCUUUAUGUACAGUAUAUUUAUGGCAGAGGUUGAUAGAUUCUUGAUAGGUCAGAGCAUGAAGGGAUAUGGGGAGAAGGCAAGAGAAUGGGGCUGAGAGGAAAAUUGGAUUAGCCAUAAUGAAAUGACAGAGCAGACUCGAUAGGCCAAAUGGCCUAAUUCUGUUCCUAUAUCUUAAGUCCUCAUGGUCUUGUAGACAACCUUCUUCGCUGUCCACUGUACAAACAAUUUUGGAGUUUUCUACAAACUUGCUAAUUGUGCCACAAACAUUCUUAUUCAAAUCCCUGCAAUACAUAAUCAACAAUUAGGACCCAGCACUGAUCCCUGUAGAAUAAUGCUGGAUACAGUUCUUCAGCUUGGAAACCAGCCUCACCACUAUCACCCUGUCAAUAUUCUAUCCAAUUAAAUAGCUUAUCUUAGAUCUCACAUAUUCUCACUUUCUUGUGCAGGCUACCAUACAGGUUUUUACUAAAGUCCAAAAACAUUUUGCUGCAUUUUUAGGGAUUGCUGCUGCCUCACAGCAUCAGCGAAGCAGGUUAAGGUCAGGUUUCUGGUGCUGUUUAUGCAGAAGUUCCAUGUUCUCCCUGUGAUCACGUGAUGUGAAGUGAGGAAAGUGAAAUAUGAGAAUAUAUGCUUGAUGGUCAGUUUGUAGUUAGUGAACCAAAAAGCCUAAUUUUGUGCUGUUUGAUUCCAUGACUUUGGUAUGGCCCUGGUAAGAGAACAGAGAACAUAGAAUCAUGGAAAUCUACAGCACAUUACAGGCCUAUCAGCCCACAAUAUUGUGUCGACCAUAUAACUUACUCCUGAAUCUGCCUAGAAACUGUCCAUACCACAUAGUCCUCUAUUUUGCUAAGCUCCAUGUAGCUAAGAGUCUCUUAAUCUGCCAGGACAUUGGCUGCAAUCGUUCCAGCGGUAUGCAUUUUCAGCAAAAAUGUAGUUGUUCCACUUGGAACAAAGUUAGGUUGAAGGUGAGCAAAGUUGGGUUUAAUUUAUAUGGCCAGUUCCAGUUUAUGGAUUGUUCAUGGAUCAGGGAACACAAAUUCCAAGUGUUGGGCUAAUAUCAAAAGGGACCAAGUCAUUGUGAUGCAGAAGUCACUGUUGUAAAAUGUGUUGCUAGGCAUGCUAACAAGAUUUGGAAAGAUAAAUAAUGAGAAAUAAUUUGUAAGGCUACGAAAGAAGAGUUGAGCUUUGUAAUGAGUUGGCGUAAUUAUUUUCUAUGCUACAAUGAUUUUGUGAUUGUCCUUAAAUAUUAAAUGGAGUAUGAUGCC